AAAAAAAAAAUUGUUUGCCGAAGGCUCUCUCUUUCUGGACAAUAUAUCCGCUGUCUGACUCCCUGUUACAAUCCUUCUUUCUUUACUGGUUUUCUCGUCCUUUUCCCAUUCUCCUCCGUCGUCUUCAUUUCUUCUGCAAAAACCCAGAUCGAAACUUCAGAGUUGGAGAUAGAUAGAGAGAGAGAAGAAAGGGCGUAUUUGAUGUGACGGAGUUGUUAGAGAAAGCCCUAUCUUCUCUCUUUUCUGUGAACCUCUUCGGCUCCAUCUAACCGAAUUGAUCGGAAACUGAGAAGGAUUUCGUUGAAUUGAGAGGUGGGUUUUUCUCGUAUGGUCUUGAUUCUUUCUGCUUUUGGGAUAGAGAAUCAAUAAUGGCCGGAUCAGACGAGAACAAUAACCCGGGUGUGAUUGGACCCGCCCCGACUAUGCAAGUGGGUCUGCGCGCCGGAGUCGGGAAAUUGCCGCCGGUGGCCGCCGCCGGAGGGAAUCGUCGAGCGUUGAGUGCUAUCAAUCGGAAUAUAGUUGGAGCGCCGACUUACCCACCUGUUAAGCAAUGUGAUAACAAGAAUCAGCCUGUUCAUCGUCCAAUCACUAGGAGAUUUGCUGCACAAAUUGCCACAAAGCAAGAUCCUAAGCCACAAGUGGAACUGAAGAAUGAAUCACAAGACAUUGCAAUCACUGAUGCAGAAGAAGACUUCUCCUUCUCCGAACCAAUGUUUGUACAACACACCGAAGCAAUGCUGGAAGACAUUGACAGAAUGGAAGUGGAAAUGGAAGAUGUUGCGUCUGAAGAAGCAGAAGAAGAAGGACAAGACUUAGUUGUAGAUAUAGAUGGUUGUGAUGAGAACAACCCACUUGCUGUGACUGAAUACAUUGACGAUCUGUUCACAUUCUACAGGAAAUCUGAGGUUACUAGUGCCGUCUCGCCAAACUACAUGGCUAACCAAUUCGAUAUCAAUGAAAGGAUGAGAGGCAUUCUGAUUGACUGGUUGAUUGAGGUGCACUACAAGUUUGAGUUGAUGGAUGAGACUCUUUAUCUUACUGUGAAUCUCAUUGAUAGAUUCUUGGCUGUCCAUUCUCUUGUGAGGAAGAAACUCCAGCUGGUUGGAGUUACAGCCAUGCUUCUUGCUUGCAAAUAUGAAGAAGUUUCUGUGCCUGUUGUCGAUGAUCUCAUCCUAAUUUCUGACAAGGCAUACAGUAGAAAAGAAGUUCUUGACAUGGAGAAGUUAAUUGUGCAUGCGUUACAGUUCAAUAUGUCAGUCCCAACUCCAUAUGUUUUCAUGAAGAGAUUUCUCAAAGCUGCCCAAUCUGACAAGAAGGUUUGUGAACUUCUUGAGCUUCUAUCAUUCUUUCUGAUUGAGCUGUGCUUAGUGGAGUAUGAAAUGCUGAAAUACCCACCUUCAUUGAUGUCUGCUGCUGCAAUCUACACAGCACAGUGCUGCCUCUAUGGCUCCAGCCAGUGGAACAAGACUCAUGAGUGGUACAGUAGCUACUCGGAAGAUCAACUUCUGGAAUGCUCAAGACUGAUUGUGGGAUUUCAUCAGAAUUCUGGGAAAGGGAAGCUAACUGGUGUCCACAGAAAGUACAGUACUUCGAAGUUUGGAUUUGCUACAAGAACUCAACCUGCUAGCUUCCUACUACUCCUGUAGAAGAAAGGCUGAUUCUGAGUAGAUGCUUUGACUGUGAUUCAUUUGAUGAUGAAGCCUGCAACUGAAGUUUGGGGAGGAAGUAACAAAUUGACAUGAUCAGCAACUGAAGUUGCCUUUUGAAGAGAACUCUACUCUCUUCUUGUUCUCUCUUGAAUCCAUUUUGCAGUUUCUUCGCUGAACCUAGUAAAAGUAAUCUGUUUGACCCUUAGGUCGGUCAAGUUGUAAUGGUAUGUGGAUAUGUGACGGAAACAAACAAAAACACAUAGCAGCAGCCAGGAGUCUGUUGUUCUUACUUUACUCUUUCUCUUCAAGAGUGUGGUGGAAAUAAUAACAUAGAUAGUUUGGAUUCAAAGUAUUUCAAAGUUUCAAGUGUGUGCAUUCCUUUGAUCCUUUCUUCUGAGUCACUCCACCACUAAAGUGAAAAUCUUUUUACAUUUACCUGUUCAUUUCACCUGCCGGUCUCCUAGUAUACUAUUGGAACUUGAGAGUGUGAAUGUAUUAGUA